AUGGUGACCGUGGAGGAAGUUCGCAAGGCUCAAAGGGCUGAGGGUCCUGCUACUGUGUUGGCCAUUGGGACAGCAACUCCUCCCAAUUGUGUUGAUCAGGCCACCUAUCCUGACUACUACUUUCGUAUCACCAACAGUGAGCACAAAGCUGAGCUUAAAGAAAAAUUCCAGCGCAUGUGUGACAAGUCUAUGAUCAAGAAGCGUUACAUGUACUUGACUGAAGAAAUUCUAAAAGAGAACCCAACUAUGUGUGAGUACAUGGCACCUUCUCUUGAUGCCAGGCAGGACAUGGUGGUUGUUGAAAUUCCAAAACUCGGCAAAGAAGCUGCCACCAAGGCCAUUAAGGAAUGGGGCCAGCCCAAGUCCAAAAUUACCCAUUUGGUCUUUUGCACCACCAGUGGUGUGGACAUGCCUGGGGCCGACUAUCAGCUCACUAAGCUCUUGGGCCUCCGCCCGUCCGUCAAGCGCCUCAUGAUGUACCAACAAGGGUGUUUCGCCGGCGGCACGGUGCUCCGGUUGGCCAAGGACUUGGCCGAGAACAACAAGGGUGCUCGUGUUCUUGUUGUGUGCUCGGAGAUCACUGCGGUCACCUUCCGUGGGCCCAGUGACACCCACCUUGACAGUUUAGUGGGCCAGGCCUUAUUUGGUGAUGGUGCAGCAGCUAUUAUUGUGGGUGCGGACCCAAUUCCUGAGAUUGAGAAGCCCUUAUUUGAAGUGGUCUCAGCAGCCCAAACCAUCCUUCCCGACAGCGACGGAGCCAUCGACGGGCAUCUCCGUGAAGUUGGGCUUACAUUUCAUCUGCUCAAGGAUGUUCCCGGGCUUAUUUCGAAGAACAUCGAGAAGAGUCUGAACGAGGCCUUCCAACCUUUAGGCAUCUCUGAUUGGAACUCACUUUUCUGGAUUGCACACCCAGGUGGCCCAGCAAUUCUGGACCAAGUAGAGUCCAAAUUGGGCCUGAAGCCUGAAAAAUUAGAGGCCACAAGACACAUACUAUCUGAGUUCGGAAACAUGUCCAGUGCCUGUGUGCUGUUUAUUUUGGAUGAGGUAAGGAAGAGGGCUGCUGAGAAAGGACUGAAAACCACAGGAGAUGGACUGGAUUGGGGUGUGCUGUUUGGGUUCGGGCCUGGGCUCACUGUUGAGACCGUGGUGCUUCACAGCGUGGGCUUGAAUGCUUGA